AUGCGCAAUGCUGUAUCAUACAAAGAGUGGAAGGACUGCGCCUACGAGUUAGACGAGUUGGAAGACAAUAACUCUUGGAAAGCAACCUUCGAGAGUUCCGAAUACGAUCCCCAUCUAGUACAGGAACGCCUGAAGCAACUUGAAGAAGCUCGCAUCAGCUGUGACGUUAGCCGGAUGAUAUUCCUAAUCCGCACCUCCCUAAGCCGCGAUUUAGGAAACAUGCGUAACGAUUCUCUCUAUCGACAUUCGCACGUCGGUACGAAGGACUUGAUUGAUCAGUAUAUUACGACAGCCCUGGACACAAUAUCGUCACUGGUGGACCUGUCAGCGAAAGGUCGUUGUGAUGGGCUGGAGUUGAAGUAUAUCCUUGAUCAACUUUUAGCAGCAAGGCAAGCUUUUGGCCGGAGCGCCUUACUGUUCUCAGGUGGAGCAACAUUCGGCAUGAAUCACAUCGGCGUGCUCAAAGCACUUUGGCAGGCAAAACUCCUCCCUCGUAUCAUCUCUGGCGCUUCGGCUGGAAGUAUUGUUUGCGCUGUCUUUUGCACUCGGACAGAUGACGAACUUCCGUUGCUUUUGGAUACGUUUGCCUAUGGGGACUUUGCCGUUUUCAAUGAUCCUGACCAGGAGGAGAAUAUACUCCAGAAGACCGCCAGGUUUUUGAAGUACGGCUCUUUUCUAGAUAUCUCCAACUUGGCCAAGGUUAUGCGAAACUGGCUUGGGGAUAUUACAUUUCAGGAAGCAUAUAAUAGAACGCGCAGAAUACUUAACAUCUGCGUUUCUAGUGCUGGAAUAUAUGAGCUCCCCAAGCUAUUGAACUACAUCACAGCACCUAACGUGCUGAUUUGGUCUGCAGUAGCUGUCUCGUGCUCGGUUCCAUUAGUAUUUUCGCCGUUUGUCCUCAUGGCCAAAGAUCCAGAGACAGGGGAGGCAGUCCCUUGGAACGACUUGCAUAGGCAGUAUAUCGAUGGCUCGGUAGAUGGUGAUUUACCGAUGACCCGUCUAUCGGAAAUGUUCAACGUCAACCAUUUCAUUGUGUCGCAGGUUAAUCCUCAUGUGGUUCCGUUUCUCCCGAAGUAUGAUGGCCCGACCCAUGGGACGCCGCAGACCCCGUUUUUGACUUCUAGAUUGUUCCACACCAUGACACACCUCGCAAAGGAUGAGAUACUGCAUCGACUUACGGUUCUAUCCGAACUUGGUAUUUUCCCAACAUCCUUGACCAAAACGGUUUCAAUCGUGAACCAGAAAUAUUCCGGGGAUAUUAACAUCUACCCCGAAAUACUCUACACCCAUUUCCCCGCAAUACUAAAAAAUCCGACUAGAGAAUUCAUGCUUAAAGCAUGUCUUUCAGGGGAGCGCGCGACGUGGCCCAAACUCAGACGGAUUCGGAACCACUGCGCUAUUGAAUUAGCUUUGGACUCAGCUAUUCAGCAGAUGCGGGCCAGAGUGGCCUUUAUGAGGAUCGGAUGA